AUGAGACCUAUUAUGUUAGUGGGGCAUGAGCGUCCCCUUACUCAAGUAAAGUACAACUAUGAGGGAGAUCUCGUUUUUACCUGUUCCAAGGAUAACAUUGCUAGCGUGUGGUUUUCAGUCAACGGGGAAAGAUUGGGAACUUUAGAGGGGCAUACUGGUAGUAUUUGGUCAAUUGAUGUUGAUAAAUUUACGGAAUGUUGUGUCACAGGUAGUGCCGAUUACAGUAUUAAAGUAUGGAGAGUCUCUAAUGGUGAAAAUGUAUACACAUGGAAAUCGCCAGUUCCAGUCAAAAGAGUAGAGUUUUCGCCAUGUGGCAAUUAUGUUCUAGCAGUUUUAGAUGAUGUCAUGAAAUAUCAAGGUUCCAUCAACGUUUAUGAAGUGAAAAGAAAUCCAGAAACUAACGAAAUCAUCGAAUUUGUGGAAGAGCCAGUACAUUGUAUCAUGACGCAAGAGGGGCUUGCAGCUGUUACUGUUGCAGGUUGGUCAACAGAGGGCGAAUACAUCCUGGCUGGUCAUAAAGACGGUAAAGUCAGCAAGUACGACGCAAAAAACUUUGAAUUUGUCGAAUCGAUAGAUCUUCAUAAGUCCAAUAUCAGUGAUCUGCAAUUUUCGCCCGACAGAACAUAUUUCAUUACAUCAUCGAGGGAUUCACACGCCUAUAUAGUGGAUGUCGCUAGCAUGGAAGUUCUAAAAGAGUACGAAGCAGACUGUCCAUUGAACAGUGCGUGUGUGACGCCUCUCAAGGAGUUUGUCAUACUAGGUGGUGGUCAGGCCGCAAGGGAUGUUACAACUACCAGUGCAAGAGAGGGUAAAUUUGAAGCAAGAUUCUACCACAAGAUCUUCGAAGAAGAGAUCGGCAGAGUGAAAGGCCAUUUCGGUCCAUUGAACUGUGUCGCAGUAAAUCCACAGGGAACUUCAUACACGUCGGGGAGUGAAGACGGUUUCGUCCGUAUACACCACUUUGAGAAAUCCUACUUCGAUUUUAAGUACGAGGUCGAAAAAGCUGCAGAGGCGAAGGAACAUAUGCAGGAAACUGCCGCAUGA